CGAAACGAUGCAGUAGCAACCAAAUGAUGGGGGUGCGUCAUCGCAAGAGUACCAUUGCGGAGCACCACGGAUCCCACGUCGCCGGUAGUUCAACGACCACCUACAGUGUACACUUCGUGCGUCAGCGUCCGGGAUGACUACAAGCAAGACGCGCACGAGGAUGAACGUGCUGGACGGCGAGCUCGAUUGUUGAGGAUUGCUACAGAGCGGUUGCUGGCCAGAGCGCCAUUUUCAAAAAUUCCGCUGCCAACUCCCCCGCAAUACGAUGCAGUUGCCAACCUUUCGCAUUGUAAAUGGGCCCGCGCUCUCGCUCGUCGGCGUCCAAGCUCGCUUUCGCGUCGACAAGACAUCGGACAUUGCAGCGCUCUGGCGGUCUCUGCCGACCGUCGACCAAGUCACGUACGGCGUGAGCUACGACUACGACGACGGCUCGUUCAUGUAUCUCUGCGCGACGGACGCGUCCGAGACCAAGACGUCGGACAAUACGACGGCUGCGACCACGUCGCUGUCGCUGCCGCGUGCCACGUACGCUGUGUUUGCCCACAAAGGCAGCACACACGAGAUCGGGCUCGUCUGGCGCGCGCUUCGGGGCUGGCGCGACGGCAAUUAUGCGCGGGUGCCUGGGGCGCCAGCCUUUGAAAAGUACAGCGCAACGUUCGACCCGACGGUCGCGGGUGGCGUCGAGAUUUGGCUUCCUGUGCAGACAGCUUGAACCUGUGCAUAGAAGUGCUAAUAUCGAUCUAACACAAAUGGUGCGUGUUAUAACGCGUUGGUCGCCAUCUUGUCGCCAUG